AUGGAUCGAGGGCUGCUCUCCAGCAUCCUGCUUUCUUUUUCAGUUGCUCCUUGGUGUGGUCACUGCAAAGCUCUAGCUCCUGAGUAUGCCAAAGCAGCCGGGAAGCUGAAGGCAGAAGGCUCAGAGAUCCGGCUGGCAAAGGUAGAUGCCACUGAAGAGUCUGAUCUGGCCCAGCAGUACGGUGUCCGUGGCUAUCCGACAAUCAAGUUCUUCAAGAAUGGAGACACAGCCUCCCCCAAGGAGUACACAGCUGGCCGAGAGGCCGAUGACAUCGUGAACUGGCUGAAGAAGCGCACAGGCCCCGCCGCAACCACUCUGGCUGACGCGGCAGCAGCAGAGUCCCUGGUGGAGUCCAGCGAGGUGACCGUCAUCGGGUUCUUCAAGGAUGUGGAGUCAGACUUUGCCAAGCAGUUCUUGCUAGCAGCAGAGACCAUUGAUGACAUACCCUUUGGGAUCACGUCCAACAGUGACGUGUUCUCCAGAUACCAACUCAGCAAAGACGGGGUGGUCCUCUUUAAGAAGUUUGAUGAAGGACGGAACAACUUUGAGGGGGAGAUCACCAAGGAGAACCUGCUGGACUUCAUCAAGCACAACCAGCUGCCUCUGGUCAUCGAGUUCACGGAGCAGACAGCUCCCAAGAUUUUUGGGGGUGAAAUCAAGACGCAUAUCCUGUUGUUCCUGCCCAAGAGCGUGUCUGACUACGAUGGCAAACUGAGCAACUUCAAGAAAGCAGCUGAGGGCUUCAAGGGCAAGAUCCUGUUUAUCUUCAUCGACAGCGACCAUGCUGAUAACCAGCGCAUCCUCGAGUUCUUUGGCCUAAAGAAGGAGGAGUGCCCGGCUGUGCGGCUCAUCACCCUGGAGGAGGAGAUGACCAAGUACAAGCCUGAGUCAGAUGAGCUGACAGCUGAGAAGAUCACAGAGUUUUGCCACCACUUCCUGGAGGGCAAGAUCAAGCCCCACCUGAUGAGCCAGGAGCUACCUGAAGACUGGGACAAGCAGCCUGUCAAGGUGCUAGUUGGCAAGAACUUUGAGGAGAUUGCUUUUGAUGAGAAGAAGAACGUCUUUGUGGAGUUCUAUGCACCGUGGUGCGGUCACUGCAAGCAGCUGGCCCCCAUCUGGGAUAAACUGGGAGAGACAUACAAGGACCAUGACAGUAUUGUCAUCGCCAAGAUGGACUCGACAGCCAACGAGGUGGAGGCGGUCAAAGUACACAGCUUCCCUACCCUGAAGUUCUUCCCAGCCAGUGCAGACAGAAAGGUCAUCGAUUAUAAUGGGGAGCGGACACUGGACGGAUUUAAGAAGUUCUUGGAGAGCGGUGGCCAGGAUGGGGCAGGAGAUGAUGAUGACCUGGACCUGGAAGAAGCCCUAGAGCCGGACAUGGAGGAAGAUGAUGAUCAGAAAGCUGUGAGAGAUGAACUGUAAUGGAGCAGACAGACCUGGACACCCCAACCUGACGCCUCCAUGGCCUGCUGGGCCUGCUGGGCCUUGUUCCACCCAGCAGCCCACGCCUCCGGAGCCUGACCCUUGCCCAAGGAGGGAGCACCCUCGGAACCCAGGGAUCUUUCCAAAGCCACACUCACUCUAACACACGCGUACACUUUCACCCAUCUCUUCCUUUGCUUUUCAAUUUUUGGAAAGGGAUUCAUCUCCAGGCCAGCCCAUCUUGAUGGGCUUAAUUUUUUAAACCAUGAUGUACUUUUUUGUACAUGAGUUUCGUCUUGAGUGCUUGCUAAAUGUUUGGGAACUCACACUGAUGGUGUCUCGCUUAGUUCCAUCUGUGUGGGACGUUCAGGCAUGUCCCUACAUCAGGGCAUCUGUUCCACUGAGGCCAGGCCUCCCUGGGAGACACCAGUCUCCUGGAUGGGAAGAACAAGCCUGGGCUGGACGCAGUCGCUCUCCUCCACCCUGUGCCAGUGCUGCCAGCCUGGCUUUGCAGUUUCUAGCUAAAGGAAACGUCUGGGUCCUGUCUGUGUGGGCCUGCCAUGAUUGGAGGAGAGGGUGCUGCGACCCUGACCCUGGACAAGUCCCCUGCUCUCAAGCCAGGAGUCCGCACCUAUCUGCUGUGGGCACAUUGCUCUGUGGCCACCAGGCUUUCUUCCAGUGGGUCUCCCAGGCUGAGACCGAGCCAAGGACAUGGACUGGACCAGACAAUGCCCAUUCUUCAGGCAUUUCUACCACAAUAUUGGAAUUGAACACAUUGGCCAAAUAAAGUUGAAAUUUUAGUACCA